GCAGAGCGCCGGUUCGACUUCCGGUAAAGAUGGCGGCCUCCAGAGGCUGUUGGACGCCGCCGCUCUCUCUGUGGAGCCUGGGGAUUGUUUUGGGUCUUCUCGCCGGCCGGGACACUUCUGAGACGGAAGGAGUGCAGACUCGAGUAAAGCAGUUUUUCAGAAGUGGCCACACGAAUAAUUGGGCUGUGCUGGUGUGUACAUCCAGAUUCUGGUUCAACUAUCGUCAUGUUGCCAAUACGCUGUCAAUUUAUAGAAGUGUCAAAAGGCUCGGAAUCCCAGACAGCCAUAUUGUGUUGAUGCUUGCCGAUGACAUGGCAUGUAACCCAAGAAACCUUAAACCUGCCACCAUCUUCAGCCACAAGAACAUGGAGCUGAAUGUCUAUGGAGACAAUGUUGAAGUUGACUACCGGGGCUAUGAGGUUACCGUUGAGAAUUUCUUACGGGUGUUAACAGGCCGACUUCCUCUCAGCACGCCCCGAUCCAAACGCCUGCUUUCGGAUGACAGGAGCAACAUUCUCAUCUACAUGACGGGACACGGUGGCAAUGGUUUCCUAAAAUUCCAGGAUUCCGAAGAAAUUACCAACAUUGAGCUCGCUGAUGCAUUUGAGCAGAUGUGGCAAAAGAGAAGGUACCAUGAGCUGCUUUUCAUCAUCGACACUUGCCAGGGGGCCUCCAUGUAUGAAAAAUUUUAUUCUCCUAACAUUCUGGCUCUGGCCAGCAGCCAGAUUGGGGAGGAUUCCCUUUCACACCAGCCAGAUCUCGCCAUUGGGGUCCAUCUGAUGGACAGAUACACUUAUUAUCUCCUGGAGUUUUUAGAAGACAUUCGCCCAGCCAGCCAGAAUAACAUGAACGACUUGUUCAAAGUUUGCCCCCCGAGCCUAUGUGUUUCUACUCCGGGGCACAGGACUGACCUAUUUCAGAGGAACCCCAACAGCGCUCUCAUUACAGAUUUCUUCGGCAGUGUGCGCAAGGUGGAAAUAACAAGCGAUAUCAUCCGACUGAUCCCGAAUGACACUGAAACCGAACCGAGCCACUUCCCAGAAAGCCAGGCGACUCCAGCACUGAAAUAUGUGGAUCAGCUUGCUGUGGCACAGAUCAUUCAUCAGAAACCAAAGCAAAAGGACUGGCAUCCCCCGGACGGAUUUAUCCUGGGCCUCUGGACACUGAUCCUCCUGGUCUUCUUCAAAAGCUAUGGACUGAAGCACCUCAAGCAUGUAUUCUGAUCGACAUUACUGAGCGGGCAAUGAGAGCGGCCGAUUCCUUGGCCCUCAAGGAUUUGAACACUAAAGCCUGUCAACGUGAUGCACUGCUGUAAAUUAUUUUUAAUUAAUAUUUUUGAGGGGUUUUUGGACUAUGGCUUGAAGGUUGAAAUAAUGGGAAAGGGGUGAGUUUGAGGGUGCAUUUAUGGGUUUAGAGUUGAGGUGAAGCUAAACUUGCGUGUAAAUGUCCGGAACUGACUGUAGGUUGAAGCAGAGUAAAACUCCCUUCUCCUGGGAGCCUUGCUCUAUUUAUCUUUGGUGUUAAGUCAAACCGUGACUCUGGAUUCAGGUUGCAUUUACAUCAUGAACUGCAGCAUUGGUGCAAAGCGAAAGAUGCCAAUGCAUGAAAACUACAUUUGUCCCAGCGAAGAUGGCCGAAGAAACAAAGCUUUGUCUAUAGGAUAUUCAGAAAUGAUUGUGAAAAUAAAAUAUGUUCUGAAAA